CUUGUGACAUGGUGCUACGGUACUUAGAGCUAAAUUAAUUUACUUAGGGAUCCACCAACAGAGGAGACUUGAAAACCUUCAUGGACUCUGAGGGACUUUCCAGAAUGGGAGGAGCUCAGAGGAAGCUGAAGAAACCGUGCCCGCCUCCGCAAUCCCGUCAUCUCUUCUUUUAUCGGGAGUCCCAUGGACAAAAGCUUCCGUGAAAGAGGUCUGGUUUGGAAAAUGACCCGUUGCCUUGGAUCAAUGGAAAAGACGACGAAACCAUCAAAGGUGAAAGGCAGUGAGAUCUAUCUCCUGAAGAGAAAGCCUAAAGCAACGAAGAAACAAUAAGCCGAGAUACUGCCAUUGCUUGGUCAUUGUUCCAACCGGCAUCAGCUGAUUGAUUGAAGGUUGAUUGAUCUCUCGCUGUUCUCUGUUUGGCUUCAUUAAAAAUUUGUCAAUUGGAACAGCAACCUCUCUUCACCACCACAAUCACUACAAAUAAUAAUCAUGUCAUCAACCGAUAUUAGCCCGUUGGGCCAAGCUAUUGUGGUGGUCAAACCAGAGGCAGGCAAGUUGCCUCGUCCCCCAGAAACCAACUACCGAGCCGUUCAUCAGAUCAAAUUGUCUGCAGUAUCACACAAUUAUACCUGCGUGGAAUCGGCCGCGACACGACAACGAUGUUCAGUCAUUGUGGUGGUAAAGGCCGAUGGGUACGGGCAUGGAGCCAUUGAAACAGCCAUUCACUUGGCAGAUCACAUGGGAGCCGAUGCCUUUGCUGUGGCUACUCUGGAAGAAGGCAUUGCGCUACGAAAAGCCUUUGAAAAUACACCGCGAAAGUCGUAUACCCCUGCGCCUGUGGCAAAUGCCGUCUCGGAUACCCAGUCCAAAUCAUCCGACUCGUCGAAUCCUUCGCAGCCACAACGUUCCAUGAGACCGCAUCAGAUUCGAAUUCUGGUUCUGGGACCACCCGUGGGCUUUCCGCGGUGCUUUGAUGAUUAUUAUCAUCAUCAAAUUGAGGUCAUGUGCUCGGGACCAGAAGUUGCCAAGGCCCUCAUGGAAUGGAUCACCGAUGAAAAGGAACGAAAACGGACACAGGUCGAACGAGCAGCCAACGAUGCCAAAGCGGCGGCACUCUUCGCGAGACCAGCUGCAAGAGAUACCGUGGCCCCGGCAAAAACGACCAAUGGCAAUCAUCAGGACAACAACAACGGUGCAAAAUCCAAUAAUGGAAAAACUCCUGAAAAGAAUGGAAAUCAAUUGCCAUCCCUGGACUCGCUCCUGAAUGGUCCCGCAUACAAAGAACCAGCGCUGCUUGCCACUCUGGGAAAUGUAUCUGGACAAGAUUUGGCCAAAGAAGUGAGAGCGUAUCUUGUGGCACAGCAGGCUGCCAAAGACAAAGCCCAGGAUAAUCCCCGCCAACCAUCCAAUGCAAAUUCACCCGAGGCUAGCACGGUUGUGACCGCCGCAAGUGUUGCCACUAAUACCCCGGAUGUAUUCCGAACCAAUCCACCGGCUGCGGGUGCACAAGUAUUCGGGGGAAUUGAAGCCGUGGCCAAAAACUCGAGAACACGAGAAAUGGCAGCCGCCCGGGCAAAUGGAAUUGUGCGAGAAGAUUCCACCGCCUCGGAUGAUACAGCUCCCACCUCUUCCGUCUCGACAAUUUCCACGACAAUGACGACAACAGCAAACGCAAGUACCGUAAGCUCUCUCGCCACAAACACCACCACCACUAGAACCGGCGCCCUGAUGGCCCGCAAACGCUUGCGAUAUCACGUCCUCGUGGAUAGCGGGAUGGGUCGUUUGGGAUUCAAGACACAAUCAAUCGAAGUGAGCGACGUUGGUGUCAGGAGAGAUACGGUGGAAAUUAUUAAUGAAUUGGUGGACAUGGAAGUUCAAGGAGCUCCAAUUGAAUUCUUUGGCAUGUGCACUCACAUGGCAGAUGCCAACUCGACAUCCACGUACACCAAUGAUCAAAUGAACCGGUUCAAGGGGCUCCUAAGACGUGUUCGGUCCUCUGGAGUUUCCAUCCCCACUGUGAGCACGGAUAACUCAGCCGCACUGCUGACAACCAAUUUGAAACAUUUCGAUGCCAAAGCCUUGUUGGCACAACCCCACGCCGAAACGAGAGGGUUUGUACGAACCGGAGGAGCAAUCUACGGUCAACGACCUGCCUUUACACAACUGCGCGCCGUAUCGACACUUUUGGCGUCGGUCCGACAUGUGGCCGUCCUGAAAGAAGGAGAAAGUGUAGGAUACGAUCGUGCGUAUAUUGCGCCAACAUCGGUGCGCAUUGCCACCUUGACGAUUGGGUUUGCCGAUGGGUAUCCCCGCGAUUUGGGCAAUGGUGUGGGUAAGGUCGCCAUUCGGGGUCAUUUAUUCCCCGUUGCGGGCAAUGUGUGCAUGGAUAUGCUCAUGGUAGAACUGGGCGCCGCGGGUGACAAGGAGUGUCCUGGUGCACAGGUUGUGGUGGGCGACACGGCCGUGCUGUGGGGCCCCUUGGACGAGAGUGACGGUGAUGGCCUGGUUCGACUACAAGACCUUGCAGCGACACUAAAGACAACACAAUCCGCCCUGACAUGUGGACUGGACAAUGUGCGCGUACAAAGACAAUACAUAUGAUGAUUGAAUGCAUGCAUGCAUGCAUGCAUGCCUGAACGAGAUCCAGUCGACCUCGCUAGAUAUCAAUUGAACACACUACAGUACUACAGCGAUAAUGGAUGAAUAGAAACAUACAAAUAUCCCGUUGUAGACGCAUUCGUUUGUUUGUACAUGUAUUUAAUAAUUUAUUUACUCUGUCAUCAAA